UCCAUGUUUCACAUGUUGAGAGGGAGGAUGAACAAUUUGAACACCAUGAGGUGAUCAAGUCCAAGGGUUUAGCAUUUGCUGAAUUAAAAUGGAAAGUAGGUGAACUUCCUCAUUUGACCUAUUAAACAACCAAGAAAAGCCCCAAAUUAGGCCCUCUAAAGUAAUCUCAUCCACUUUUCUGCUUUCAGAUUUUUGGAAUGGCACUUUCAAAGAAGAAAAAGAGAUGACCAUUACAAUUAAAGAAAGCCAAGCCAGUGAGUGCAAUACCAGAUGUAUUCAAGAUGAACGUACCAAACCCAAAUCCAAAUACCCUGAAACUGAGAUUUUGAGGGAGGGUAUCAAAACCAAAAACCCUUUAGUGAUUGCAAUAAUGAGAGGUGUAGUAACAAGAAGGAUCCGUUUUUAUCCCAUUUUGCUCUUAUUCUCUCUCUUUUCUUUUCAUUUCUCAAGGUUUGCCUUCUCUGCAGACACCUUAUUUGCAACCCAAUCUCUCACAAUUAACCAAACUCUUCUCUCUUCAAGCCAGGUUUUUGAGCUUGGAUUCUUCUCUCCGGGCAAUUCCAAGAAAUGGUAUCUGGGGAUAUGGUACAAGGACAUUCCUGCUAGAACUUAUGUCUGGGUUGCUAAUAGAGAUAACCCACUUACCAACUCCUCAGCUGUACUCAAGAUCUCCAAUCAAACCAUUGUUCUUCUUGAUAAAAAAGAUAAGCUCAUAUGGUCUUCAAAUCAAACCCAGGCUAGUAAUCCAGUUAUGCAGUUGUUAGACACAGGAAAUCUUGUUUUACGAGAAGCAAAUGCGAGUGAUCAGUUUCUGUGGCAGAGUUUUGAUUAUCCUACAGAUACUUUGUUGCCAGAUAUGAAGUUGGGUUGGGAUCUAAGUAAAGGUCUAGACAGGUAUAUCAGUUCUUGGAAGAGCAUAGAUGAUCCUGCAACAGGUGAUUUUUCUUUUAAAUUAGAUUAUCAUGGAUACCCAGAAAUUUUCUUGUGGAAUGAUGGAAAAAAAGUGUAUCGUAGUGGGCCAUGGAAUGGGCAAAGAUUCAGUGGAGUACCAGAAAUGAAGCCUAAUAACUUUCUGAGCUUUAGCUUCAUCACAAAUCAAGAUGAGGUAUUUUACUCAUUUCAUAUAUCCACAAAGUCUUUGUAUUCAAGAGUGACUGUUACUUCAUCUGGGCAGCUCCAAAGAUACACAUGGAUUCCUGACAGGCAAAUCUGGAAUUCUUUCUGGUAUGCACCAAAAGACCAAUGUGACAAUUUCAUGGAGUGUGGUCCAUAUGGAAUUUGUGAUUCAAAUGCCUCCCCUGUUUGCAAAUGCAUGAGAGGGUUCCAGCCCAAUAACCCACAAGCAUGGAAUUUCAGAGAUGGGUCCGAUGGGUGUGUAAGGAAAACAGAUCUUCAAUGCAUGAGUGAUAAAUUCUUGCACUUGAAGAACAUGAAAUUGCCAGAAAGCUCAACCACUUUUGUGGAAGAUAACAUGAGUCUUAAGGAUUGUGAAUUGUUAUGUUUGAAGAAUUGUUCUUGCACUGCUUAUGCCAAUUCAAAUAUCAGCAAUGGAGGCAUGGGGUGUGUAAUUUGGGUUGAUGAGCUCUCAGAUACGAGACAAUAUGCUGAAGGUGGUCAAGAUCUCUAUGUCAGAUUGGCUGCUUCUGAUAUAGGUGAUGGUAGGAGUGUAGGUACUCUUAUUAUUGGCAUUGCAGUAGGCGUCGCCGUUUUGCUACUAGUACUGGGGUGCUGCUGUUUUAUAUGCAGGAGAAAGAAGUUGCUCAGUGUAUGUAAAGAGGAAAAAGCUAUUCAAGAAAGAAGCCAAGACUUAUUGUUGAAUGAGGUGGUUAUCUCAAGCAAGAGAGACUACUCUGGUGAAAAGGACAAAGAUGAGCUUGAAUUGCCAUUGUUUGAUUUUGGUACCAUUUCAACAGUUACCCAUAACUUCGCUGAUGAAAAUAUGCUAGGACAAGGAGGUUUUGGAUGUGUUUACAAGGGUAGGCUAGUAGAAGGCCAAGAAGUAGCUGUAAAGAGGCUGUCAAAAACCUCCGUACAAGGAAUAGAAGAAUUCAAGAAUGAGAUUAGGUUAAUAGCAAGGCUUCAACACAGGAAUCUUGUUCGACUGCUCGGUUGCUGCAUCGAAAAGGAUGAGAAGAUCCUCAUUUAUGAGUACAUGGAAAACAAAAGCUUGGAUUCUGUUUUAUUCAAUAAAGCAAAAAGCUCCUUACUAAAUUGGCCAAGGCGUUUCAAUAUUGUUUGUGGGAUUGCUAGAGGACUUCUAUACUUGCACCAGGAUUCCAGAUUUAGAAUUAUCCAUAGGGAUCUCAAAGCAAGCAACAUUCUACUAGAUGGAGAAUGGAAUCCGAAAAUAUCAGACUUCGGCAUGGCUAGAAUAUUUGGUGGAGAUCAAACAGAAGCAAGUACCAGGAGAGUAGUGGGAACAUAUGGUUACAUGUCUCCUGAGUACGCAAUGGAUGGGCUUUUCUCGGUGAAAUCAGAUGUUUUUAGUUUUGGUGUCCUGGUUUUGGAGAUUGUAAGUGGUAAUAAGAACAGGGGAUUUUAUCAUUCAAACAGUGAGCUCAACUUACUUGGACAUGCAUGGAGAAUAUGGAAAGAAGGAAAGGGACUGGACUUGUUAGAUACAUUGGUUGGCAAUUCAUUUUCGUCAAGUGAAGUUCUAAGAUGCAUACAGGUAGGCCUUCUAUGCGUCCAGGAACGUGCAGAAGAUAGGCCAACAAUGGCAUCUGUGGUUUUGAUGUUGAGCAGUGAAACUUCAACAAUGCCACAGCCUAAAACUCCUGGGUAUUGCCUGGGAAGAAAUCCUUUCGAAACUGAUUCUUCUUCAGGAAAAAAUGAUGAAUCGUUUACAGUAAACCAAGUGACUGUUACAAUGUUAGAUGCAAGGUAAAGCAAGAUUAGAGACCUCAUCCAGCUAGCACACAAAUAUUAAUUGUAUAUCUCUUCAAUUUUUGAAAAUUUGUGUUGUAUAUCUUGUUUUAUUGAUUUUAUUGUAGCGUUUCUUUGAGUUUCUGUUAGUCUUCUUUGUGUUGGCAUGAACACAAAUCCAUGUUUAUGUGUAUACAAAUAUAAGCUAGCUUGGAAGAAUGUUGCAGAAAAUGUAUAAAAGAAAUUGAAACUCUCA